UUGGGUUGGGGCAGUGGUGUAUUGUAUAUAGUAUAUAAGGACAUUUGUUCUCUUAUUUGGACAAGCGCCGAGACAGAGCAGAGCAGACAGACUAGAAAAGAAGAGAUGGAGCAAACAUUCAUCAUGAUCAAGCCUGAUGGGGUCCAAAGAGGCCUGGUUGGUGAAAUCAUCGGCAGAUUUGAGAAGAAAGGCUUCUAUUUGAAAGGGUUGAAGCUCAUCAGUGUGGAUCGAUCUUUUGCCGAGAAGCACUAUGCUGACCUGUCUGCAAAACCCUUCUUUAAUGGGCUCGUAGAGUACAUUAUCUCCGGUCCGGUCGUUGCUAUGAUUUGGGAAGGUAAGAAUGUUGUUACCACAGGUCGCAAGAUUAUCGGAGCCACAAACCCAGCUGAAUCUGCUCCGGGAACAAUCCGUGGUGACUUUGCAAUUGACAUUGGGAGGAAUGUGAUCCAUGGGAGUGAUUCCGUCGAGAGUGCAAGGAAGGAAAUCGCCCUUUGGUUCCCUGAAUGCCCUGUUAACUGGCAGAGCAGCCUUCACCCUUGGAUCUACGAGUAGAGAUCAUUUGGUCGAAGCUAUUGGCCGUCAUGGCUCUGUCCUGGUUGUUUGUUGUUGUUGUUGUUGCCAGUCUUUUGAUAUUUAUAUUACUAUUAUAGUUUAAAGUGGUGAAAGCUUUGUAGCAUUUUGGGUGUAUAGGUUAAGUUGGAGUUGUGUUGAAAGCUCCCAUUACAAUGCCACAGUUGAGGUGAACAGUGUUUGAAUAAUCAAAGCUAUUUGAGUGUUUGACAUA